UUUACUCUGCAGUCUUCACUAAUGUUAUUUGUGUGUGUUUGAAUUCGAUUCAGCUUGGUUAACCUAUCAAAUUCAGUUCAACUUGUUACUUUUGUAAUUUCGUUUUAUUGUUAUUCAAGUAGUUAAAUAUUGAUAUCAGCUAUAGUGUUCAAGUAAGGAUAUAACCAUAACCAUGAGUUACCGUCAAAGUAACCAUGCCAAAAAGUCUAAAGGAUUUGGGUUUAUUGGCUUUCAAAUGCCCAGUAGUCGUAAGCGUGCUGGAGCUGCUAUACCUCCUCCACCACAAAACUCGGGUUUUAGCAAGCAAGGUUAUCACACGAUGAAUUCCAUCACUGAAACUGCCCUGUCAGCCAGCUGUGGAGCACCAAAGAAACGCAGUAAAACUGAAGACGAGUACUUUGAUGAUGAUGAUGAUGAUGAUUCGUCGAAACUGGAAUACAUUCCAGCGCCAGGCUCACCUUCGUACCAAGAGCCCGCAAAAAAGAAACUUGAAAGCCAUGAUGACAGUGACAGCGAAGAGGAUCCAUUGGAUGCAUUCAUGGCUGGAAUAAACGCUCAAGUUGAAAGAAAUCAAAACGAAAAUAAGGAUGAUAAAAGUAGAGGUGUUAGAGCAGACAUUGAUGUCGAGGAUGAUGAAGAAAGUUAUUACAGAUAUAUGGAAGAAAAUCCAAAUGCAGGGCUCCAUGCAGAUGACUCUGAUCAAGAAAUUGAAUACGACGAGGAUGGGAAUCCUAUAGCUCCGCUUAAAAAGAAAGAAAUUGAUCCCUUGCCUCCAAUAGAUCACAGUGUCAUUCCUUAUGAGCCAUUUGAAAAGAAUUUUUACAAUGUGCACCAAGACAUUGCGAAUCUCGAUAAACAGCAAAUUGAUGAUUUGAGAAAAACAUUGGGCAUCAAAGUGACAGGGCCAGCUCCGCCUCAUCCCGUAUCAAGUUUUGGACAUUUUGGGUUUGAUGAGCAUUUAAUCAAGGGCAUACGAAAAUACGAGUACACUCAACCCACUCCGAUUCAGGCACAAGCAAUCCCUGUGGCAAUGAGUGGCCGAGACUUGAUUGGCAUUGCUAAAACAGGUAGUGGUAAAACGGCCGCAUUCGUAUGGCCCAUGUUAAUUCACAUAAUGGAUCAAAAAGAAUUGGCUGAUGGUGAUGGACCCAUAGGACUCGUUCUAGCACCAACCAGAGAAUUGUCGCAACAGAUAUAUCAAGAGGCAAAAAAAUUUGGUAAAGUGUACAAUAUAAGGGUUUGUUGUUGCUACGGGGGUGGCAGCAAGUGGGAACAGAGCAAGGCUUUGGAGGAUGGAGCGGAAAUCGUUGUGGCCACUCCAGGUAGACUAAUUGACUUGGUCAAAAUGAAAGCCACCAAUUUAGAACGAGUUACAUUUUUGGUUCUCGACGAAGCCGAUAGAAUGUUUGACAUGGGUUUUGAGCCACAAGUGAGGUCCAUAUGUAAUCACGUUAGGCCUGACAGGCAAACGUUGCUCUUUAGCGCUACUUUUAAGAAAAGAAUCGAAAAACUUGCCAGAGACGUGUUGACUGAUCCAAUAAGGAUCGUUCAAGGUGAUGUUGGCGAAGCGAAUACAGAUGUAACGCAGCACGUGGUAGUAUUUAACAAUGAUCCCAUUGGUAAAUGGAAUUGGCUUAAUCAAAAUUUAGUCCAAUUUUUAAGUAAUGGCAGUUUGCUAAUAUUUGUCACUAAAAAGUUGAACGCCGAAGAAUUAGCAAACAACUUAAAGUUGAAAGAACACGACGUUAUGUUGCUUCACGGAGACAUUGACCAAAUUGAACGAAAUAAAGUUAUAACUGCUUUUAAAAAGAAACAAGUUGACAUAUUAGUUGCUACAGAUGUCGCAGCUCGAGGUUUGGAUAUUCCUCACGUAAGAACGGUUGUAAACUACGACGUAGCCCGGGACAUAGACACUCACACGCACAGAAUCGGCCGAACUGGUCGAGCUGGGGAAAAAGGUACGGCAUAUACGCUCGUUAACGAAAGGGACAAGGAAUUUGCCGGUCAUCUCGUGAGAAAUCUCGAAGGAGCAAACCAGCAAGUACCAAAAAAUUUGAUGGACUUGGCUCUGCAAAGUAAUUGGUUUAAAAAGUCGAGAUUCAAAAGCGGAAAGGGUAAGCAAGUGACCGUAGGUGGUGCAGGUUUUGGUUUUCGAGGCAAAAGCACGCAAUCUGAGCAGAGCUCGGAAUCAUCGUCAACCUCUCAAGGAUCCAAAGAUAUUAGCCAAGUAGUCAAAACGUUGGAGAAAGCAGGACCAUGCAGCGACCGACUUGCGGCAAUGAAAGCUGCUUUCAGGAGUCAGUACAAUACACAGUUUCGAGCUUCGUCGGAUCACACCUGGGAGCAAACGAUAACACCUUUAUCUGUGAUUAUGCCACCACCUCCGCCUCCGCCAAGCACUCUGACAACUUCUUCAACACCUUCAAACAGCCAAUCGACCCAAGAAAACUCCAACGCAGUACAAUUUGAGAAACAGGAUCGAAAAAGUGCCAGGAAAAGUCGGUGGGAGUAAAAGUGGUGUGUGUGUGUGUGUGAGUGAGAGAGAGUGUGUGUGAGAAAUAUUUGUUGAUCAUUUUAUCAUUUAUCGUCGUAAAAAAAUAAUGGUUGUCGAUUAUUAUGUUGUAACGACCAUUUUUAUUUUAUAUUUUACUUACAAAAAAAUAAUCGCUUCGUGAUUUUUUCCAUUUUUUUCUUUUAAAUAUUUUUAACGUACAUUACUCCAAAAAAUCAUUUAAAGUCUCGCAAAUGACUCACCCCACGCUAUUAGUAUAGUUUUUGUUUACGUAAAAGUCUGAUAUCAUUUGGUGAUUUGUAUCCAUCAUCAGGCUGUAGAUGCUUUUAUUGCUUGUAUUUUUACUCGUCAUUGAAUAUAGUUUCAAUUACUAUCAGUAAUUAUCUUAACUGUAGGUGAUAAAAAUUUAUUAUGAAAAUAAAUUUAAAAAAUUUAUGAUUGGUCGAAAAAAAAAAUAAAAGUUCGAGGUAUUGAAUAACAAACAUAGUUUCAUCUAGUAAAAAAUGUUUAUUCACUACUUGCUCAUGAAUAUAAUUAUAUUUCUGAAAACUAAAAACAAAUACUUCAUUGAAUAACGCAUGACAUGCUCAUUGAUACUCAAAAGCAGCUCCAAAAAAAAAAAAAAGUUAACGCUUAAUGUUUCAAUUUACUAUUACAAACAUCCAAAUCCUUUCAUUUUCAGCUGUAUUUUGUAAACGUAACUACAGGUUUUCAAAGCGAAAACCAGCUGGCAUUUGGACUAAAUAAUUGUAUUCGGAUAUACUUACGUG